AUAUUGGGCAACCGAGAAAAGGGCUCGUCUCGCCUUGUUUUUUUCCGUCUCGCUUUUACUACGCGGCAGCGGUGCGGGCGGCGGGGGCGGCGGCGGGGCAGCGGCGGCGGGGCAGCAGCAGCAGCAGCAGCGCGGAGCGGCGCGGAGGAGCGCGGAGGACAGCGCCGCUUUCCCUGCGCACCGCUUCCUCCACCGCCCGGGGCUCCCCGGCGGCGGCGGCGGCGCUCGGGGCUCAUCCCCGGGCCGGCGCUUAUGCGAGGGAACCUCCUCGCCCCUUCUCGGAGGGUGAGCGGGGCCGGGGAGCGGGGCAGCGCGGAGAGGAGGCGCGGAGGAGAGCCGCGGAGCGCCGAGAAAUAAAAAGGCGGCGAGGAGGAGGAGGAGGCGGCUGGUGUGUGUGUGUGGGGGGGAGAGCAGCGAGCAAAACAACCGCAGCCAGAAGAAAAGAGGGUGGGGGGAGAUGUCAAACGUCCGUAUUUCUAAUGGGAGCCCUACCCUGGAGCGCAUGGAAGCCCGACAGUCGGAGUACCCCAAGCCGUCAGCUUGCAGGAACCUCUUCGGGCCGGUGAAUCACGAAGAAUUAAACAGGGACUUGAAGAAGCACCGCCAGGAGAUGGAGGAGGCAUGCCAGAGGAAGUGGAAUUUUGAUUUCCAGAAUCACAAGCCGCUGGAAGGCAGGUACGAGUGGCAAGCCGUGGAGAAGGGGAGCUCGCCCGACUUCUACUUCAGACCCCCCAGGCUACUGAAAACUGUCUGCAAGUCCGCCGGCCGCCAGAGCUUGGAUGUAAACGGGAAUUGCCAAACCGUGGUUUUUGUCGGUUCUCAGGGAAUCACAGAGGACACUCACUGUGUAGAUCAAAAGACUGAUGUUUCUGAAAACCAGACGGACUGUGCAGAGCAGUGCACUGGGCAGAGGAAAAGACCUGCCACCGACGAUUCCUCUCCUCAAAAUAAAAGAGCCAACACAACAGAAGAAGAGAUUUCAGAAGACUCCCCCAGUGCCAGUUCAGUGGAGCAAACACCCAAGAAAUCAAGCCCCAGAAGACAUCAAACGUAAACCGUUUAGAGCGGAGGAUUUGCGCGGCCUCGUUCAUCGGGUGCGGCGGAGGGAAAGGGGGGGGUGGGGGGUGGGGGGGGGCGGGGAGCGAUGAAGCGAGGAAGAUGUAAAGUUGUUAAGUGGAAGCGAAAAUCACAUCUCGCCGGGCUCCGUGGGACCGGGAGAUCCUGUACAAGCACUGAAAAAAAAAAAAAGGAAAAAAAAAAGAAAAAAAGAAAAAUACCGCAACGGCAACAAAACAACAGCAAAAAAAAAAGCGCAAAACAAUAACACUAAAAUGUUAGGCACUCUUAAAAGACCUGCCUCUAAAAGCAUUGGAUGUAGCAUUGUGCAAUUAGGUAUUUCCUUAUUUGCUUCAUUGUACUACCUGUGUAUAUAGUUUUUACCUUAUGUAGCACAUAAACCUUGUCGGGAGGGGGGAGGGAGUGGAAGAAGGUGACCGAUCGGAACUUGCUUUCACGAUGUAGCAAGCAAAGAAAUGUAUGAAGAGAAGCAGUGUAGGUUUUUUUAUUACUUAAAGAUGUAUUGUCCCUUUAAGUGGGUAUGCUGUAUUUUCUCCCGCUUCCCCCCCCCCCCCCCCCCCUUUUUUUUUUCUUUUUAACGUACCAUCGUGGUAACCCUGCUCAGAGCAGAUUCUUACAGGCUGCUUGGGAAAUUUCUUCCUCCUGCAUUAAGCCGAAGAGGUGGGAGCCGUGAUGAUUCCAUGACACAGUAGCAAAGGUUGUCGUCUGUCCCCCCCCGCCCUCCCAAAUCCAUAUCAGAAAUGUGGAUGCCUGUAGAAGUCAUGUAAAAUCAUCCCGUUGUUACAAAACCUGAUUUCCUGGUUUGGGGUUGGUUGUUUCGCUUUGGUGUUUUUGUUUUGGUUCAUUUUUUCUUUUUUCUUUUUUUUUUUAAACUAAUCUGGAGGGCUUUUUGCUCUGGAUCUCAAGUAUUGUUUUCUGAUCUGACCCACUUCCCAAAGUGUUUGUGUGUGAGGGGGAAAAGGGAUACUACAUCUUUAAACAGUAUUUCUACAUUGCCUGUGUAUCUGUAUGUAAAAAUAAAAAGUUUGAAGUGUACCUGUGUACAUAACUCUGUAAAGACACUGAGAAAUUAUACUAACUUAUUUAUGUUAAAAGAUUUUGUGUUUUUUUUUUUUAAUCUAGAAGACAAUAUUUUUUUCCCCAUAAAGCCAAAGUGGCAUGUUUUUGUGCAUUUGUAAAUGCUCUAUUUGGUAGACUUUUUAGGGGGGGUUUUGUUGGUUUUUUUUCGUUUUGUUUUUCUUUUUCUGAUAAUUAAUAUGGCUGUGCUUCAAGGAUUGCAGACUGAGCCAAUUUAAAUUUUUUUUUUUUUGUAAUGUGUGGGAAAAAAAAAUAAUAAAAAAUCCAGAUUGAUAUUGUUUCACAUCGAGCAAUCAAUAAAGAAAACUGCCAUAUAUAAGAAA